UGAAAAUCUUCUCCUUUUGCUAUUUGAGAGAGCAAUGUGGAACGCAGGUGCGUGUCUGGGUAUUGGGAUAGGGUGCAAUUUGUUGAAGAGAGAUUAAUUGCGAAAUUAGUGCCUGAAGAAUGGCUGCACGAUAUUUUAUAUGUGUUGUUGUUAUUCUGAUUUACUUUUGCAAAGUUGUAACAUCUUUAUCCGGUGGUUUUUAUGCUGACAAUGGUCGUCAACAGAGUGUUUUAUACAAACCUUUUACGAAAAAAGAUAGAAAUAAUCUCCAACGAGAAAUAUUGCAUUUACUCGGUUUAGAACAUAGACCGAAGCCUCGUCAUGUGCAUCCUGAUUCGCAUAGUUCAGCUCAGAAUUAUUUGUUAGAUGUGUAUCGCUCAUUUAAAGAUAGAGAUGAGAAACAAGACGAAGAGAACCGAGAUCGUAAACAAACUAGAAAACGGAAAAAAAAUCGUAAAAUCAUGGAAUCUGAUUUUAUUAUGAGUUUUGUCAACAGGAAUGAUAAACUUCAUAAAUAUCCUCAUUUGCGUCAUGAACGAGACAAAAGAUAUUGGUUUGAUGUUAGCGAGGUUUCACAAGAUGAUGAAAUUGUUGAAGCUGAAUUAAGAAUUUAUCGGAAUGUGUCAAGACGCAUAUCAAAUAAGCAUCUUAAAUACAUAUUGAGCUUGUAUUCUGUUAGAGAAGAUGGUGCUCCUAAUGCAAAUACUUUAGAAUUGGUGGAUGAAAUUGUUAUAUCGAAUCGUGCAAAUGGAUGGUUAGUGUUGAAUGUUACUGGUCCUGCUAUUAAUUGGAUAUCAUUUGGAAAGAAGAACCUUGGAUUAUACAUGAAGAUUAAAGAACUAGACUCUUCCCGUACGUUAGAUCCUCAUGAAAUUGGUUUGAGUUGUUCAAGAGGCUCUGAAGAGUACCAGCCAUUUAUGGUAGCCUACUUUAAAUCAAAUGACAAACCUCGAGUGCGCCGAUCAACAAAAAGUCAAAAGGAAGAUAGAUACUAUGACCACGAAAGCUAUAAUCCUUAUUCAGGUUACAAUGGUCGAGACAGAUAUCAUUCAAAACGAAACUGUCAAAGAUGGACCUUAUAUGUUAGUUUUAGAGAUUUAGGAUGGGAGGAUUGGAUCAUUGCACCAGAUGGAUAUGCUGCCUUCUAUUGCCAGGGAGAAUGCUCGUUUCCUCUAAAUGCACACAUGAACGCAACUAACCAUGCAAUUGUACAAACAUUAGUUCACCUUAUGGAUCCCUCGGUUGUCCCGAAGCCAUGCUGUGCCCCUACACAGCUCUCACCUAUCACAGUACUAUACUUUGAUGACAAUUCCAAUGUUAUUCUCAAGAAUUAUAAAAAUAUGGUUGUGAAGUCUUGUGGAUGCCAUUAAUGGGCCUUAUGUACGACAGUUUGGAAUGCGCAACAUAAGGCAUUUGAGAAUGUACAAGAUCUCGCAAACAUGAUGAAAUCGUAGUUCUUGAUGUUUUUGGUGAGAGUCGUGUUGGGGCCGAGUUGUGGUCUAAUGUUGCAAAUGUUAUUGGUAUGUGAAAAAAGGAUUUAAAGAUAAAUUGGAGAAUUUAUUUUGCUUUGAAAGUUAUUCAGCAGUUAUUUUUAGAAAUCUUUUAUUUAUGAGGUAUUAGGUUAUAUUUAUUCAUGCAUUAUAUAACAUUUCAUUAAUUAUUUUCUCAGUUUCUUAACUGCUUUUUUAUCUAGUUUUUUUUUAAAAUUUAGAAUUAAUUCAUGUAUUAUAAAAAUUCAUGAAGUGAAAUUUACUGUCGGUUAGCUUCAUUUAAAAUUGCUGUACAUCUUGGCUUUUAAAGGUUUUGCCUGUUUUUUUCAUUCAUUUUGUUGUCAUUUGCGAUAUUGUGCCAAAUAAUAAUUCUUGAGAAUAACAUUAGAAUAUCUUGUGCCUUUAUACUCAUUGUCCAUUCUACAAAUUACAUUUUUAAUUCUGAAAAAAAUUUCAUUAUUUUUUUAAUUUUGUGAAAUGCAUUUAAAUGACUUUCCUUGUAAUUUAUAUAAAAUAAUUUUUAAAUUGCCAGUGCCAUAUAUUUUUCUUCCAUUUCAUUUAC